AACCCCCGGGAGCUGAGGGCACCGGAGCGAGGAGCGCACCGCGCCGCGCAGCACCGAGCCCGCGCGGAACGGGCUGGACUGCAGCGCCCUGAGCCGCCGGGAACCGAGGGCAGCGGGACGAGGAGCCGAACUGCGGGGCGGCUGCGGGAGAGCAGCGCCGCGGAGCCCCCGGAGCGGCUCGGGCUGCAGCGACCGGGAGCCGCACGCACCGGGAUCCGUACAACUCACGUGCUGACACCGGCCUUCGCCUUGUGCCGCCGGCUGACGCUUUUUUGAUUCUUUGUUAUUAAUUUUUCUCCCGUUUUCAUUAUUUUUUUCCCGCUGCCGCCGAGGGGCGCCGCCCCCGCCGAUGUAGGGCGGCCCCGCCGUGCCGGGGGGAGCGGCCCCCGCCGCCCUAUGCCCUGCCCGCCGCCCCCCCCCACGGUGCGGCCAAAGCGCAGCCGCCGCCUCGCCGGGGCUGGGAUGCGCUAGAGGCGGCGGCCGAGCUCAGCGGCCCCCGCGCAGGACGGGGCCGGGGGCGGGAGGCGAGCGGCGCGACCCCCCCGGCCGCUCGCGGUGUCGUAUGUUCAGGUCCAAACGCUCAGGGCUGGUGCGGCGACUUUGGAGGAGCCGCGUCAUUCCCGACAGGGACGGCGGAGAUGGGAGCUCCAGGAGCGACCUCGCACCCACCCUCGGGAGCUUCAAAAUCGCGGAGAAAAACGCCUCCUCGGCGGUAGCGCGGGGACGCCCGGGCGAAGCGGAGCCCGCGGGGCAGCUCGGCGACGGCGGCACGGUGACCUGCUGCCUGUUCAAGGAGCGGGAGCCCGGCCCCGAGCCGCCCCCCGGGUCCCCGGAGCGCCGCGAGGCGCGGUCGCGGCUGCUGCUGCUGGAGCAGGAGCUGAAGGCGGUCACGUACUCGCUGCUCAAGCGGCUGAAGGAGCGCUCGCUCGACAGCUUGCUGGAGGCCGUGGAGUCCCGCGGGGGGAUGCCCGGGGGCUGCGUGCUGGUAGCCCGCACCGAGGUGCGCCUGGGGGGCCAGGCGGCUCCCCCACACCUGCUGCUGGGAAAGCUCUUCCGAUGGCCCGACCUGCAGCACCCGGCCGAGCUCAAACCCCUCUGCGAGUGCCAGAGCUUCGGCGUCGCCGACGGACCCACCGUCUGCUGCAACCCCUACCACUUCAGCCGCCUCUGUGGGCCAGAGUCUCCACCACCUCCCUACUCUCGGCUGUCUCCUAACGAUGAGCAAAAGCCACUGGAUCUAUCAGAUUCCACGUUGUCUUACACUGAAACAGAGGCUACAAACUCGCCCAACAUCACGCCCGGAGACUUCUCAGAUGCCAGUACGUCACCUGAUGCCAUGAAGAGGAGCCAUUGGUGCAAUGUGGCCUAUUGGGAGCACCGGACACGCGUUGGCCGCCUCUACACAGUGUAUGAACAGUCUGUCAGUAUAUUUUAUGACCUACCUCAAGGAAACGGCUUCUGCCUCGGACAGCUAAACCUGGAAAACAGGAGCGAGACUGUGAGAAGGACUCGAAGUAAAAUUGGCUAUGGGAUUUUACUUAGCAAAGAACCAGAUGGUGUGUGGGCUUACAACCGCAGCGAGCAUCCCAUCUUCGUCAACUCCCCGACACUGGACAUUCCCAACUGUAGGACUUUGAUAGUGCGCAAGGUGAUGCCGGGCUAUUCCAUCAAGGUGUUUGACUAUGAGAAAUCCUGCCUCUUGCAGCACACGGCUGAUCUGGAUUACGCGGACGGGCCCUACGACCCCAACAGCGUGCGGAUUAGCUUCGCCAAAGGGUGGGGGCCGUGUUACUCAAGACAGUUUAUCACAUCGUGUCCUUGUUGGCUGGAGAUUUUACUCAGUAACAAUCGAUAACGGUCAGCCUCUGACGAAAGGAAAAAGAAAACAAAAAACACAGACUAUCCCAAAUAUCAUCUACCUAGAUUUAAUAUAAAGUUUUAUAUAUUAUAUGAAAAUAUAUAUUAUACUUGUAAUUAUGGAGUCAUUUUUACAAUGUAAUUAUUUAUGUAUGGUGCAAUGUGUAUAUGGACAAGAACCAGAAAAUGCACUUUGGCUUAUAUAAUUCUUUCAAUACAGAUUUUUUUUUUUUAAAAAAAAAAAGAAAAAUUAUACAGCAAAAAUAGGAGAAAGCCCUAAUUUUGAUGUAUGUUUUUUUUGAAAUAUUAUUAAUACCCAGACAAAAAGCUAAUACCAGUCACUCAUUGAUAAUAAAGUAUUCGCAUUAUAGGGGGGGGGUUUAAUUGUCUUUUUCUUUGCCCCAAGCCCCCAGCUGAAGUCCAUAGCAGUGUCUGCUUAGGUGCUUUGUAGCUGGGGGACGUUCCAGAGGGGUGACCGCUGUCUCCUGUGUCAGCCAGGACCCUUAGAAAGACACUGUACUGCUGGAAGGCUGCAGUUGUCUCCAGGAGGAGGGAAAAUGAGCACAGUUUGAGAGCCAGGGAGCAAAUGAGGUGAAAGGAAAAUCUCCUGUAGCUGUUCUUGCUCAGGGCUCUGAUGCCUCUGACAACACAAAACAUGAUGGGGACAUAAUGAAGAUGUGUGUGCAUGUUUGUGAUUGUGCAAAUUAAUGGUUAUCAGUGCAAACCAAUGAGUAUCAGUGGAGGUGGGAAAAGCAGAGUAGACCACAACCCUAAGAGCUACCCAGUAGGACCAGUUUGUAUUAUCAAUCUUGCAUCGGGUUUGUCUGUGAGUGCAGGGUCUCCUGGACGUGUUUGAUAGUUGAUAAACAAAUGGUGGUUUUGGACAACUCAUGGUUGGGUGGAUGCUCAGUUGGAGUCACCGUAGCAUGGCCUGAAUUUCAGGAUACCUUCAGUAACUUGAAAUAAGGUGGAGAUCAGUUGGAUGCAGAUUGUCUUGUAGCUCUCUCAGGCUUUCGUCCAGGCAAUAAACUGAUAGAGGGUUGUUUGGGAAGAAUAUAUUUGCUCUGAGGAGCAACUGCAGCCAGAAGAAGUCCUGGUAAAAUGAGCUUGUCUUAGCUGAUUUACUGGCUCUGGAAAUUCUGGAUAAAAUCAGGCACUUUGCAGACUUGUGCGUUGCUGUCAGCACUGCAGCGGCCAUAUGCUUGCAUGGCAGGUUGGCCGUUCUGGCUCCACUUGAUUAGUAAAGUUAUUUAUUGGCAGUGAGUGGUGUUGCCAAGUCGUAGAGUUGUAUUUCAAAUAUCUGUAUGUUUCAUUUUCAUGAAGUCCCACCCUUUGGAGUCCAGUGACUGCAGAAGCACCUCAGCUUUUGAUGUAACAGAGGAUGCUUUUGUAGCCUUUGUAUUUGCAGAGAAAAGCAUGCAAUGAGAGCUUCUCAACAGCUCAAAACUCAGACUAAAGUAGGACAUAAUCUAUUACAAAGCCCUCUUGUUGUACGUCAGCACUGUGCGCUUUGGCUUUGGUGCUUGUACAGCAGCCACCAGCGAGGAUGGGGAUGGUGGGGACCACAUCCCGCUACGGAAGGGAGCUGCGUUCCACCAGGGAGACACACAGACCUGGGCUCGAUGUCAGGGAGAGACCCGAGCUGGGAAUAUCACAAGGAUAUUUCCGCAGUCGUUUUUCAAAUUAUAACCAUACUUGAUGUUUAAUUGGGACCACAUUGGUUGAGUUCAUGCAGGAUCAGUAUUAAUACUUGACAUCAUUAAUUUUUGUUUGUGUUACAGCCAUUGUUGUCAGGGAACAGUGUCAAAACAUGUCACUAUCAUUUAAAGCCAGCUUUCAAGAGCUUUGCAGGGUUUUUUUCAUCCCCUUUGGCUUAGAAUUGGUGUGUCCUGCCAUAGCACCUCCAUCACUCACUGUAUCACACUCACACAGUCGGUCUAAAGGCCGCUUUUAUGUUUUGGGGCUUUUUACAGAGAUUUUUGUUAAGACUGUCUUCAUUUUAACUGGGAAGAAUGAGCCAAAAGCUGAGCUGCUCCUCCCUGUUUCCUUUCUUCUCUUCCCUGGUGUUUACCACCACCACACAGAAGGUUAUACAUUCAUAUCCCGAGCUGGCUGCUGCCUUCUCCCCAGUUCCUCCUCCUCACAUGCAUGCAUGAAUGCAGCAGUGCCAUCGUUUUCCAUUUCCCACUGGUCCCUUCCAUAUUUUGGACCAGAAUAGCAUUAACAUUAUUGUUUGGUUUUAAACCACCCACAAAAGACCUCGUCCCAGUGCCCGUGGAAGCUGUUGUUCACCUGCCGUUCAUUUUCCCUACCUUAACUCUUUGCAUUUGGGCUUGAUGAUCUCAAAAGUCUUUUCCAACCUAAUGAUUCUAAGGUUUGCAGCUGGGCUGGUUGGUUGCCUUACAACUCCGUUCCAGGUUUGCAUCAGCAAAAAGAUUUUGUGGUGAAAUUUGAAGGUUAACUUUGGGGUUUCCCUUGUGCAAUCCACUGAUUGUGCUUAAUUUUUCCUUUUUUAUUACUCAAGUGCUUCCCCAAGAAUAAAUCUGGAGUUUUAUUUCAGUUGACAGCGAGACCUUAAAGGGAAUAAAAAAGGAUUUUAUGGCCAGGCAAUGAAAAAAGCCACCAAGCAUUCUUUUCAGUCCCAUUUCUGCCCUUUAAUACCUUACUGUGAUCAUUCAAACUUAGGAACUUUAAAAGAUGCAUUAGGACAUCCAAGCUAUUGAACUCGAGGCUGGACCUUUGCAGAGCACACCUGGGUGAUCCCGUGCGCUAGGUUUGAACCUGGGGGCGGUUCAGCCCCGGGGAGUUGGCAGCUUAGGUCAGGUGUGGGUGGAAGGCGUUUGUUCCCGCCAGGGUUAGCAGGAGCAGCUGGGCAUCGUUGGUUUGGCUAACGACCCGAUGGGUCUCUGCUGUGCCUGCACCCUCAGCUGCUGGGGGUUGCUCAUCUGCCCCAGCCCCUAUAAAAACAGGAUGGGCACAGCCUUCUUGUCUUUUUGCUUUCUAGAGUCUUCUGAAGGUGAUUCUCUCUCCUUUCUGGAACAGUUGUCUUCUAACAACAAUGGUAAGUGGUAUAUUCUCUAUUCUUGUUUCGUUUAAGGUUUGUGUGAGAUUAUUGCACCAUGUUAAGGGCAGAAGUGAAAGCUCUUGGAAGAAGGGGGUUAGGAUGUUUCCACCUGGGCUGUGCUUGGACCAAGCUUGCGCUGCUCUAGUGGAGUUUUGCGUGUUUGCUCUUUGUGCUGGAGCUGAUUUAGCUUUAUCCUGGGAAGGCUGAUGGGCUAUGUUAUUACUGAGUGCUUUUUUUGUAGGGAUGUGUUGGGCAGUGUGGCAGAAAGUGUUUUUUUUUUCUCUUGUAGUAGUGCUGAAACAUUAUACUGCUACAGGGUGUUAAACCCUUGGCUGAAGUAAAGGGCUUCAGCAACGCACUGGUCUUGGAGUUUGCUCAACUCAUCAGGUUUUUUUGCAUGGGAAAGUCAUGAUUUUGGUGUAGGAUGGAGAGGGUGCACGGGUUUGAUGCCUUGGCAGUUCUGAAGUGGAUGAGUCUCGCCCCUCUAAGGCAGUGAUUCCUUCUCAGGUGGAAUUCCCUCAGACCACAGCUUUCAAAUUUUCUUGUCAGUGAGGAGUAAGACCUUGAUCCUCUAAAAGAGCUUGAGAUGAAUGAUCUGACUCACUCUGGCUGCUUUGUGGAUCAUCUUAGGAAGUGAUGAGACACGGAGAUAUUCUAAGGUGUUACUGAGGCAGUGAAACUUGCUGGGCGCCCUUCUCUGUGAGUGCCCAAGCAUUGAUGGAAGCAUCAGGUGUUUCCACAGGGUGUUGUGUGUCUGUGGCUUCUUUGUGCCAAAUCCACUUGAGUAGACUUUGGAUGUAAGUGCUGAAUUAGUUGUUCUAGUAUUGGACCUGAGUCCUUGUGGGCUUUGAUUUGUGGAGUGUGUUUAUUUGACAAGAUGCUCUUAAGCUGAAUAAUAUUGCGUUUUAAAACUGUCUGAGCAAUAGGCUGAUGAGAAACAACCAGUUGCUCUUCAUGUGUCCCAGAGGCUGCUGCUCCUCCUGCAAGAAGACGUUCAUUGCUACUGUGACUGAGAAAUACCUUUUACUAGCCAGAAUGGAAAAGGGAAUGCUAAAAGGAACCACUUUCAGCAGAAAGAGAGGCCAAGAUCCCUUUGUGGUACAGCUUUGGCCACAGUUGUACAGGGUCUUUAUACUGUAAUUCUCCUUCUCAGGAUUUUAUCUCUGCAGUAAAAGUGCUGAGGACUUGUUUGAUGUUUAACUAAAAGUUGAAUGUUGUCCCCUGUGCAUGGGCUAUCAGGGUUGGUGUAGAGGAAGGAGGUGGAGGUUUGUCUCGGAGUACAAUGCUGCUUGACUUUGUGAGUAAUGGAACAUCUCUAUCUCUUUGGAGAUGUGAAUCAAUGUUUUUGACAGAGUAGUAAAGUGGCUGAAGUGCUUAUUUACAGCUCCCUGUGCUCCCUAGAACCUCAGUGGGUCCAAUAGGCUCAGACUUUCUGCCUCUGGGGGUGUAGCUGUGUGUAGCUUCAAGCCAAUGGGUUGGAUUGAAGUGGAGGGAGAGCUUUUAACAGCAGCCCACCAUGCUGUGUGCUGCUGAAGCAGCUGUGUGGUUGGAGCUGGUGCCUCUGAGGGGUGUGAAAUGAGCAUCAGGAGCCAGAGCGUUGGGGUGUAUUUCCUGCCAAGUGCCAGGACCAAAAAUCAAAAGUCUCAUCCAGGUAAAUAGCCCAGUGGAGAGCCAGGUGAUGUCUCAUCCCUGUGGAGAGCCAGCUGCAGGAACAAGGCUGGGCAGAACUGCUGGUGCCGUGCAUUGCUUUGAGGUUUUGAGCUGUUGGAUUUGGUGAUUUGCGCUGAUGGUGAAUCUACUGCUACCUGGUUGCCUUGAUUGGUUUUUAAACUGUUUUCCAAGAAACUGGGUGCAGGGUUGCUGUGAGCUGUGCUGGGAGGUUGAGAGAUUCUAGUGCCUUCACUCUGUCGUGUCCCUUCUGUCUCUUGCCUGAGCUGUUUGGGAACAGCACGUGCCUGAUGGAUGAUCGCGGAUCUGGUCUGAUGGGUGGCCAACAGGGACAACGAUGUUCCUAGAAAGCAAAAAUAAAGAUUGCUCUCUGUUUUCCCUCCCUUGAGGUGAACUGGGUUGCAGAAUCUUCAAGCCCUCAGGAAGGGAGGUGUGCUGGGGAUGAAGUGGUGGCAUUGCAGCAGGGUCUGUAGCAUCACUUGAUGCUGGGUGGCAUCCUGGGGCUGGUCCCUGCAGCCUCUGCCCCGGCACCAGCACUCCAAGACUUGGUGCAGGAGUCUGAGUUGCAGUGGUUAACUGCAGAGCAUCCCGAGUUAUUUCCUGUAAAUAACUCCUUUUGCUUUCCUCAAAGGUCUUAUUUUUCCAUUUGGUGCGUGAUGAAGCAUUGCUUGCCGCUUUGCGGAUAAUCCUUUCUAUAUUCCCGAUUUGUGCAUGUGCUGGUGCGAUGCACAAAGUCUCAUCUGUACUAUAUACACUGUGGGAACAACCCAAAAUUGCUCUGAAACUCGACUGGCUUACAAUUAUAUUGGAUUCUAUUAAAUUAAAACACAUAGCACAUAUAUUACACAAUAAACCACAGCUAUUUCAUGGAUCAAAUUAAGUUUUAUUUGGGCAAAUUACAACCUUUCUUACAGUUGGGUCUUUGUGAAACCAUUCCUUUUUAAUAAAAGCAGGCAUUUUUGGCAAAUGCUCUUAAAGUGUGCAUUCCCAAUAAUUGCAUAUACUGUUGCUAUUCUUCCUGGGAUGUAUGUGGCUAAUUAUCUUCUCCUAUUUAGGAUAGGUUCAAGAGAGCGGUAUCUUCCCUUUCCUCCUCCCUUCUGCUGGAAUUUCUUAUUGCUUUCCAUUUUUAUUAGCUUGGCUAUGGAAGUCUGCAGAAAAAAAAAUGCUCUCCUCGUUAAAAGCAGGAGCGCCUUUCCCGGAAUUUCUUGGGGAAAUGUGACUCUCGCAGCUAUGCUUUGGCUCUGGCCUGGGGGGAUGCAGGGUUUGGGGGACAAAGCUGAAAAUGAACCUCUGAGAAGUGAGAUGAGACUUGGUCUGUGCAUGGGGGAGCUUUUGGUGGGGGUGUAAAAUCAUAGAAUCAUGGUAUGAUUUGGGUUAAAAGGGAACUUAAAGCC